UAAGAGCCAGGACGAGAAGGAGCCCCUGCGUGGAUCGGCCUUACUUUACAAACACACACACAGACACACACACACGCCUCCGAGUGACAGUGUGCGUUCCCGUGGGUCCGUGGAGUACACACACACCUCACGCUGCUCUGACACUGCGCAGUUUACGGAGCGAACGUCAAACUUCGUAUUUUCGACACUUUUGAGCUACUGACGCUGAUGGGACGUGACCAUGGCCUCUCCAUCAACAUCAACCACAGGAUCACCUACGGCGUCUGACUCGGCGCUCUCCUGCCAAGGGGGCAUUGAGGCCCUGAUGAUGAAGGUGGGGCCCGUGAGGAGGAAUCUCUUUGGGCCUUUGGACCACCAGCAGCUGCAGCAGGACUUCCAGAGGCUGCUCUGCAUGGGCGUGGAGAUGGCCAACAAGCGGUGGAACUUCGAUUUCCAGGCUGAUGUGCCGGGAGAGGGCUCCAACAUUGAGUGGGAGGAGCUCAAGUGCCAGGAUGUCCCGGCGUUUUACCACAGCUGCAUGGUGAGGCCGGUGGUCGGGCCCAAGGCCGAGGCAAAGAAGGCGAUGAAGCGGACAUUGUCCUCCUCCCAGACGUCCAGCAGCUCGUCUGGGUCUGGGGAUGAGUACAUGGAGUUGACCACCAAGAGGUGCUACAGAGGGAAACGUCGACAGUCUGCCAUCACAGAUUUCUUCAAGGUGAAAAAGAGCAGGCUUCUGCACUACAAAGCUUCCUCCCGGCUAUGAAAAGCACAACGAGACCCGGUGGAGGAUAAGUGGUCCCCAUCCCUCCAGGUGUCACCUCACAUAGAUAUGUCUCAUAUCUUAUGUAUAUUCGUAGCAAUUUGUAACUGACUGUCAAUAAGCUCAUUCAGCAUGGACUUACAAAACUCCUCUGACACCACGUACCUUUAAUCUUUCAGCACAAGGAAGCUACAGUUUUUGUAGUUCAUCAAGCUUGGAUUCUACAGUUUUUGUAGAUAAUUAUACAUUUUAAAUAUAUAUACUGUAUAUAUACUGUAUAUAUUCUAUAUACUGUUUUCCUUAGCUGACUAUACUGUGAAAUCUUUUUGAAUGCACUCUUUCAGGAAAAAAACGGCUUAAGUUCCUGGAGGUUUAGUUUCCUCUGAACGUGCCUCAGAUAGUAUUUGACCUCAGUCCUUGACCUUUUUGUCUCCCUCUUGCUAAAAGUCAUGAGAGGUUUCGAUUAGAUGAGUGACUAUUCCUGGCCUCACUUCACACUCAACCGCUCGGAGUCAAAACCUCACCUGGGGUUCAAAAUUUCAGCAGCGUGUUUGUGAUUAGCGCCAGGUUAAAGGGCAAUGGUGGAGGUUUGGCGAUGAGGUAAUGCAGCCACACCCUGUGGAAUAGUGACUUCAAAUUCUGAGUAAUAAUAGCAGUGUUCAGUAUGUAACUAUUUAUUUAUUAUUUCACGAUGCUAGUUCAUCAACUAAAUAAAGUUAAACAAAAUCAAAUAAAAGGAUAAUGUGUAAAGCAAAGUCACAAGAUAGCAAAAAUAUCAGAUUGCAAACUAUUUCCUUUUUGCUUUGUGGGGUUGUAAAUAUCUAUAUUUUGGUAACAGACCAGAACAUACCUUAUUUGGGUGUAUGUUUUUUUUCUUUUCAGCUUUAUGCUUCUAACGAUGUAGCAUUUUCCCCCUCGGUAGGUUUUAAAUGCACCUCUUUUCUCCUAUAAGGGACUGUAUGAUUUAUAUCACUGUGUUGCAGUUCAAAAGGAAUCAAAACUUUUGGCUGUAUGUUUAUUUUUUUUGUUAAAUGACAAGAAGAGCUGUGUCACAUUUCUAUCGCUGUGCAGUUUUUAAGGGUUUUUAUCGUGUCUGUGUGCAUAUACGUGUUUGUGUACGAAUGUGUGCGUGUGGUUUUUUUUAUCUUUGGGUUUUCACCAGUAGUAAAAGUUGUGGCAGCUGAGGCAGUUGAACCAAAGAGAAAAUCGCUGUGCCAUUCAAUUAGGAACACAUCAUUGAAACAAGUUGCUUAGGGUUUAAGUGAUCGGCACAGAAGGUCACUUCUCCAAAUAUUCAACUAUCAAGUGAAAGGGCACAAAGAAAGAAAAAAAAUUCUGUUCUUAAAAAUCCAGUUUUCUACAAUAACGUGGUCCGUUACUUUAAGUUAACUCAAACUGGAUGUGCCUAUUUUCUCUCCCUACCUACAAUAAUUUAGUUUGCAUUAGAAUAAAAAGCCAUAACCUGAAUUAAGCCACUCUCACUACCUCAUCAUUCAGUUACACAAAAAAAACAAAAAAAAAAAACAA